CUGGAGCAACUAGAUCAACUUCGAUUAGCAAAGUAGAAAGUCCUGCUCCAUUUCAGAAGAAGCGCUCAAGGAACUUUCUCAAAGCCACAAAAAGGAAUUUACCCACUUUUGAGAGGAGUUUUACUGGAAUCUUCCUUCUUGUUUUCUCCGGGAAGUAUGAUGUUCACCGCCUUCAGCACAGAUUGCGACUCUUCCUCCCGCUGCAGCACCGCGUCUCCGUCCGGAGACAACCUGGAAUACUACCCGUCACCUGCGGGCUCUUACUCCAGCAUGGGAUCUCCUCAGUCUCAGGAUUUCACUGACCUGACAGCAUCAAGUGCCUCCUUCAUCCCCACGGUCACAGCCAUUUCAACAAGUCCAGACCUGCAGUGGAUGGUCCAGCCUGUGGUCUCCUCAAUGGCCCCCUCCCACAGAGCUCACCCUUACAGCUCCAGCCCCAGUCCUGCUUACCCCAGAUCAUCCCUGAGGUCUUCAUCCAAGGCUUGCUCUUCCAAACGUGGCAAAGUAGAAAAGAUAAGCCCUGAGGAGGAAGAGAAGAGACGAAUCCGCAGAGAGAGAAAUAAGCAGGCAGCAGCUAAAUGCCGUAACAGGAGGCGAGAGCUCACAGACACCCUUCAAGCUGAAACUGACCAGCUUGAGGAUGAGAAGUCCAGUCUGCAGAAUGAUAUUGCUAACCUGCUGAAGGAGAAGGAACGGCUGGAGUUCAUCCUGGCUGCCCACCAGCCCAUCUGCAAAAUCCCAUCAGAGCUGCAGACCGAGGUUCCCCUGACCUCAAUCUCCUCCACCCACCCAUACCUCUCCACCACAGAGUCUUCCAUGCCCACAUUUACCUCCAGCCAGCAAACCAUCCCUCCAACUUCCAACUCUAUUUUCUCCAGCUCCGUCCUCUCCACCACCACCUCGACCACCACGACCACCACCACCUCCGACAGCACUGUCAAGAUGACAGACCUCGAGGCUUCCAUUCUGGAGGAGUCUUUGGACCUGCUGGAAAAAGCGGACAUAAAGACGGCACAGUCUGUGCCAGAGGUUGACCUUUCCAGCUCCCUCUACAGUAACCAGGAAUGGGAGCCUCUUCAUGCCUCUUCAACCAACAUUGACUUUGAGCCCCUGUGCACACCAGUGGUGACCUGUACUCCAGCCUGCACAACCAACACGUUCUCUCUGGUGUUCAACUUCCCAGAAGCUGAGACCUUCCCCACCUGUGGCGUUGCACACAGGAGGGGAAGCAACAGCAAUGACCAUCCCUCAGACUCUCUAAACUCACCCACCCUGCUAACUCUUUAAGGACUUUCAAUGAAAAAAAAAAGUAUUUCCUCCCAUCAAGUCUUGAAAUAUUAUCAAACUGUGCAGAGGCAUGAGCUUUGGAACAGGAAUGCACCAGAUGGCAAAUCAUAUGUUACCUGCCUUUAUCUCUACUUGCCUAUUAACACCAAUGUAGCAAGUUAUUAAGCAUGAUUUAUAUAUAUUUAAAAAACAAACACCUAGUUGUUCUAAGUUACUAUUAUAUUUAUGGUGCUAGAUAACAAUACUUGUUGUCAAUAAAUGUGUUUUCAGAGCAAUAGCUGUAUAAUUCUGGUUUGUUUUUUGUUAUUUAAAUGUCAAAGUAGAUUUUUUUUAUUUUAUUUUUUUCAUUAAACUGCUGUGGUGCCAUGGUCUGCAAGUCCAUCAGACUGUGAAGUUUUCUGUGAAAACAUUGUAAUUUAUGAAAUUUGUAUUUAUUUAUUUUUACAGACGAAUGUUGUGCAAAUAAAAAAUAUAUAUUAACGCA